AUGGGCGACCACAUCCUCUUCUGCUACGGAACCCUAAUGGCACCACAAAUGCUGCACCGCGUAAUCCACGGCAGUCCCACUCCAGAACCGUGGCAAAAAGCACUCAUCCGCUUCCAACCCGCCCUGCUCCACGGCUAUCGACGCCAUCGAGUGCGGGGCGCAGACUAUCCGGGUAUCGUGGCCGAGUCCGACUCAGAGUCUACAGCCGUUCUAGGCGUACUCGUCUACGGUCUCACAGAUGGUGACAUCUAUCGACUAGAUAAGUACGAGGGGGGCGAGUAUGUCAAGGAAACUGUCAAAGUGCGCACGUUGCGUGCGUCGGAGGGGGCGUCGAAGGAGGACGGGGAGGUUACUUCCGAAAGACAGUUGAGGAAUAUGUUAGUUGCUGCUGGGUCGCAGGUUGUUGAUGAAGGGGAGGAAGUUGUGGCUGCUACUUAUGUGUGGAUUGCGGGGAAGGAGAGGUUGGAGGAGGUGGAGUGGGAUUUUGAGACGUUUAAAAGGGAUAAGCUUGCGUGGUGGGUUGGGGCGAAAGAGAGUGAGUGGUAG